AUGUUGCCCGCUCAGAUGGUUCAGAUGAUGGAGAAUAGUUACAAUAAUGAUUCGGUACCAGAAAUCAGGUUUCCCACCAGGUAUUCCACCUAUGCUCACACCGCUUACACCACUUCAACUCGAACUAGCAUGACUUCGAUGGCUAGAAGCGAUGCAUCAUACGUCUCUGAAAUCCCUGAUAUUAAAUUGUCAAUUAAUGAACCUAAAUAUGAUCUUCCUGAUGGGAUUAGUCUUGCAUGGAAAAAUGUAGCCUAUAAAAUAAUCAAUCCAAAAACAAAGAAAAAGCAAAACAUACUUACUGGAUGUACUGGUAUUGUUCAACCCGGUGAAAUCAUGGCUAUAAUGGGACCAUCUGGUGCAGGUAAGUCAACCUUACUGGAUGUUUUGGCAGGACGAAAAGAUCCUAAGAUGGUAUCUGGCCAAAUUCUGCUUAAUGGAGCACCGGGUGAUAUCAAAUACGUUUCACAAUAUGUUAUGCAAGAUGAUGCGCUAAUGGGUGUAUUAACCGUACGAGAAAAUAUUCAAUUUGCUGCUGAUUUAUG